AUUUCGGUUUUGUCGUGGUCCUCCUUUUGUUAGUGCAUGUUCUUGUUUAUAGUAACCACUUUAAAAUCGUUGCCGGUUUUGUCAGUGUGCACACACUGAACGCGCCGUAUCAGGUUUGGCGCGAGGAACUACUGUCGAGGUGCUUGUUGGUUAAUUUGGGUGAAAUUACGUUCAGCCAAAAUUUACAAUGGGCGAUAAAGAUGGAGAAACAUUUGAUGAUGCUGUGGAAGAACGAGUCAUCAAUGAGGAGUACAAGAUAUGGAAAAAGAAUACCCCAUUCUUAUAUGACUUGGUUAUGACACAUGCUCUUGAGUGGCCAUCUUUAACAGCACAAUGGUUACCUGAUGUUACAAGGCCAGAAGGCAAGGAUUAUUCUGUGCAUCGCCUAAUUCUUGGAACGCACACAUCCGAUGAGCAAAAUCAUCUACUCAUCGCCAGUGUCCAGCUGCCCAAUGAAGACGCUCAGUUCGAUGCAUCACAUUAUGACAAUGAGAAAGGGGAAUUCGGUGGUUUUGGCUCUGUAAGUGGCAAGAUAGAGAUUGAAAUCAAGAUCAACCAUGAAGGUGAAGUGAACAGGGCACGCUACAUGCCUCAGAACCCAUGUGUGAUUGCCACCAAGACUCCGUCAAGUGACGUGCUGGUGUUUGACUACACCAAGCACCCUUCGAAGCCAGACCCCAGUGGAGAGUGCCACCCGGAUCUCAGAUUGAGGGGCCAUCAAAAGGAAGGCUAUGGCCUGUCGUGGAACCCAAACCUGAAUGGCUAUUUGCUGAGUGCUUCUGAUGAUCACACGAUUUGCUUGUGGGACAUCAACGCCACACCCAAAGAAAACCGCAUAAUAGAUGCCAAGACCAUUUUCACAGGGCACACUGCUGUGGUAGAGGAUGUUGCCUGGCAUCUCCUUCAUGAAUCUCUCUUUGGGUCUGUUGCUGAUGACCAAAAACUGAUGAUUUGGGACACUCGUUGCAACAACACUAGUAAACCUUCACACACUGUGGAUGCCCAUACAGCAGAAGUUAACUGUUUGUCUUUCAACCCAUACUCUGAAUUCAUUUUGGCCACUGGAAGUGCAGAUAAGACUGUAGCAUUGUGGGAUUUACGGAAUUUGAAACUAAAACUUCAUUCUUUUGAAUCGCACAAAGAUGAAAUCUUCCAGGUUCAGUGGUCACCACACAAUGAGACAAUUCUGGCGUCAAGUGGUACUGACCGCCGGUUACAUGUGUGGGAUCUCAGCAAGAUUGGUGAGGAGCAGUCCGGAGAGGAUGCAGAAGACGGACCUCCAGAACUGCUUUUCAUCCAUGGUGGACACACAGCUAAAAUAUCAGACUUCUCCUGGAAUCCAAAUGAGCCAUGGGUGAUUUGCUCUGUAUCAGAAGAUAACAUCAUGCAGGUGUGGCAGAUGGCAGAGAACAUCUACAACGAUGAGGAGCCAGAGACUCCUGCCUCAGAGCUGGAGCCUGGGGCAUCGUAAGGUGUGGCCAAAACUGUCAGGUCAAUACAGACCAGGACUGAGCUUUGUUUUGCAAGUGAUAGUGUUGGUGAAGUCUCUGGAAAUACAGUCAUUCUUGUUGCUCUUAAGCCUUGCAUUUCCAAAUGGCUACUGUUCAUCAAAAGAAGUUUUGUUUAAAUGUUGAUGGUGUUGCUUGUCACUUGCAAAUGUUCUGUUUUGGUUGUGACAUUUGUUACAGCUUUCCUGUUAGAUCACCGUUUCAAACUUUCAUAUCUGGACAAUACUUUUCUUGCAAGUUUGUGUAAUGUUCAUUUCAGUGUCUGCAGUGUUAUGUAUUUGAUGUUAAAUUUGCAUUUUUGAUCUCAUCUCCAAAACAGCUGUGAGAAUCCAGAUAAAUGAAAGUAAUUUCCAAAAUGUUUAUAGACACCUAAAUAAAAAAUAAACAUUUUCAUGUAUUGUUUGUAACUGUUUAUAAAAGAUGUUCUUUUCACUCCAUUGUAAGCAUUAUUAUUCCAUCAACACAAUUUGAGCAUACUUUUUAUUUCAUGGCUGUUUGUCUGGAGUAGGCAUUGAUAAAAAAUGUACCUGAGAGAUCAUUGAAAGGGAUGUUUUCAAAAACACAGCUGGGAUUUUGGAAACAAAUUGAUUGGGGAAAGUGACAAAACGAAGACAUUGAGGCUUCAUCUCCUGUGACUUCCUGUUAUCACUUUCCACUUGCGUGCAACAGCAUUCUUCCCCUGAAAUAUCAUUCUGUAUAUGUUCAAAAUAGUGUUCAGUAUUUAAGAAUAGGGUUCUAAUUUAACUCGUCAGUAUGAAGUUUUGUUGACUUCAUUUGAGACUGUAAAGAAGCAGUCAAGUAAAUUUUAUAAGUACCUUAAAACUCGUGGCAUGUUUGUAAUUGGCAUUUUCUGUAAUAAAAAAUUGAAUUUUUUCUUGUUCUAUUUUUGCUUCCUUGUCAAUUUGUGAAAGUAGGUAACAAAGAAAAGUUCUGUAGGUGCUAGCCUGUAGACAAUCACUUGGGAUAAAAAAAAUAAAGUUGUUUUUGUCACAGUUGUUCUCUCAGUGGUUUUGGUACAGUAAGUUAUAACACGUAGACAGAAGUGUGUCCCCCCAGUACACUGAUUACUCAAAACCGUAUCCAAUACAUAGCAUCACCAUUACAUCUUACUUUGCAAAAGGAGGUGGCAAAGUCCACAGUGCGCAGAUUGCACUUUGCUCCCUAUAAGCUUAAAUCUGAUUUUACUAUUCCUGCGUUUUGUAAAUGAAAACCGGCACAUAGCUUUCCUCCAAGCUAAUAGCAAUACUAUUUGAUAACUUGAAUAUAGAGGUAACCUUUUUCAGUCCUUUCAUUUUAUUUGUUACCCUUCAAGCCAAUUGUUUCGAUUAUACAAACGCUGGGCUUUUAUUUUACUCAAACUGCACCUCUCGAAUAGAGGGAAAGAAAACGAUAGGUGAUGCAUGAGGGGGUGAGGUAUCAUGCAACUACAUAGGUUCACGAUCACUACUUCACUGGACUCAGACCAAUGAUAUGCCACACCUAGCUCUCUACUGCUCUCCUGCCUUAGCAACCUCUUCCACUUCUCUACAAUGGCUGGGUCCUUAGAAUCCUUAUUUAGGCUACAAUCGGAAACAAGUUUUUAAAAAAGUAAUUGUUAAAGUAAAGUAUGAAGAGAGAAAAUUUAGACCUUAAAACAAAGGUAUCAAUAAGCAAGGGCCCUUGCCUAAGGAAGUUGUGUUGAUGUGUGUGUUAAAAUAUCACUUUCAUGUGAAGUAGCACAAAGUGCUUUUGCCGUUCUACAUAAGAUAGUGUUCAUCUAUGAUGCAUGUUACUUUUCGCAUCAACACAAUGCUUGUGUGAUAUGCCUUAAUCCUGUUGUCGUAUAAUGAUUGGUCGUGCAUUUGACCCCGCCCCUUUCCAAUCUAUUUUGGCCAGCAAGCAAAUGUAUUCAAAGCCUAUCAUCAUUUUUAUGAGUUACAUCCAAUCGGAGAUGUCUUGUGAAAGAUUUCCUGAACCUGACCUGGAGGAAGGUGAAAUUCAAGAAGAAAUUUGAACUGUUAAUUAAAAUUCUGGAUCUGCAGCAAAUUUUUCAAGAUUUAUAUUUUAACUUUUUGUCUUUAAUAUUUUCUACUUUCUUGUAUAUGGAAUAAUAUACAUAGUAUAAAGUUAUGUAAUGCUGUGGAAAAUCAAUUUCGAGAUUUCAAUGGAAAUAAAGGUUUGGGG